AAAAGAACUCCAGCGGCUCGUUGGCCAACUUCUAUUUUCAGACGCUCUUGGGCUUCCUGUGUGUUUGCUGCAACCGGAGCCUAAAAAAAGCCCAGCCACCCUCAGAUACUACUACAGUGUUCCAAGCAGUAUGCAGCUUAUAACAUUGGGAAACUGCAGACACCGGAGAUAACAAGCAUCUGGAACCAGGAGAUAACAAACAACUGGAAGCACCCGACCAAUAUUGGAGAACAUGCUGCUAGUCUUCAACUUUUUCGUGAUUCUCCUGCAAAUACUGAUCAUUUCCUUUGCUCUGCUGAUCACUUGGGCCAUUUACUGUGAUCUCUCCAAGUCUGAGAUUCCUCCUGGCAUUGACCAGCCUAUGAAGCUUCGCAUUCUUAACUGGUUCUUGAUCCUUGUAUCAUUCCUGGGGAAGAUUCUGGAGAAUCUCCACCUGUGCACUGAGAUUCACUUCUACCGCUACAUCCAAGAAGUAAAGAGAAUGGGGGAGGACCCCAAGCUUGACAUUAGGGACCUGGUGUUUGAGGACAUCCCAGUAAGGGUUUACCAGCCACGGGGUGCCAGAGAAAGAAGAGGAGUCAUCUACUUCCAUGGAGGAUCUUGGAUGUUCGGCAGCAUCAAUUCCUAUGACCCCCUUUGCCGCUACAUUGCCAAAGAAAGUGAUUCGGUGGUGCUUUCUGUUGGGUAUCAUUUGGCCCCUGAGGAGAAAUAUCCAUCCCAGUAUAAGGACUGCCUGACUGCCAGCAUACAUUUUAUGAAAACCGCCAAAGAUUAUGGAGUCGACCCGGCCUGCAUCGUCAUCUGCGGAGACAGCGCCGGAGGGAAUAUUGCCGCCUCUGUCUGCCAGGCAUUAGUGACCAGAUCUGGUAUCCCGAGGCCACUUGCUCAGAUUCUGAUCUAUCCUGGCCUUCAAGCGAUAGAUUUCAACCUGCCUUCGUACCAGCAAAACCGAGCCGUCCCCAUCUUGUACCGGGAGAACGUCAUUGGCGCAGCCUUGCGGUAUCUCAAUAAGGACUUGUCAGUGUUAGAAAGUGUUAUGCAGGGCUGCCAUGUUCCCAGAGACAUAAGAAUGAGAUUUGGGAAGUGGAUCAGCUCGGAAAACAUCCCCAGUGAGUUUAAGGUCAGAGGCUACAAGCCACCUACGGCCGCUUCCUAUGAGGACAACCUCUACGAAGUGGUGAAGCAAGCGCUAGAGCCAACUUUCUCUCCGCUCAUGGUAGAUGACGUUGUGGUCGGCCAACUUCCAAAAACAUGCAUCGUAACUUGUGAGUAUGAUGUGCUACGGGACGAUGGCAUCCUCUACAAGAAAAGACUGGAGGACAAUAGGGUACCGGUCACCUGGUACCACAUUGAAAAUGGAUUUCAUGGAGUGAUAAGUCUAUUUGAUGGAUUUCUAUCAUUUCCUUCUGGGAAAAAGGGGGUAGACAACAUUAUAACAUUUCUAAAAGACUUAUGAGCAUUAAAAAAAAAAUCAUGAUUUGUAUCUCUGACUGCUUUAUCUUAUUUAUCUUUGAAUAGAGAUGAAAGGAUCUGCUCAUUUUGGCUUCUCCCAUAUUUUUAACUGCACUUCACACCAUUUCUGCUUCAGGUGGUGGUUUUAAACAAUGGCAGAAGUUAUAAGGAACGCAGAGAUGCAGGGAUACUUUUCUUAUUGUAAAACGUGCUCUACAGAUAUUUAAAAAUAAGACAGCUCCUGCUUGCAGGCUUGCAACCUUAAAAAUGGGAUAUAAACGGAUAAAGGAAUGAGGAGGGAAGAGGAAAGCAAGCAUUGGGAGCAGCUGUCCCUUCACUGCCCAAUGGAUGCAAGAAGGGUUGGUUUCUACUUUGCCCUGAUGUUUUUUCUGUGAAGAAGAGGCUCAGCUGCUCACCUCCAGCCCGAAGAACCUUUUGGACAGCCUUGCUGCCAUGGGCAUUAUGUGAACUUGCCUUUUAAUGAACCAAAUGAAAGAUUUUGAAUCAUGGGGAUGGGGAGCGUGUGUGUAUGAAUUUGGCAGCACUUGGUUGUCAUUUUGUUAAUGCGGUUGGCGUUGUUUCAUAGGUGAUGAAUGCCAUAGCACUUUGUGAAUCCUAUAAUUUGACUUUUUACAAUUGCGCUGUUUAGCUUAUUUUUUUAGUUGUUUCGUCGGUGGUGUUCUAUGGGAGGCAAUUGCUUUACU